AUGGCUCGCUGGGCGGCGAUGGGGCGCGCUCCUCCGUGCGCCCUGGCUGCGGCGGCGGCGCUGGCCGUGUGCGCCUUCUACUACGCCGGCCCGGGCGGCGAGAGCGGGUCCGGCGCCCCGCGGCGGCUGCAGGAGACGCGCGUCGGGCAGCCCCCCGAAGCCCCUCCGGCCCCGGGGCUGGCGGCGGGCAAGGCCAAGGAGGCCGAGCGGCGGCUGGCCGGCGGCGUGGAGGAGGCGGCGUCGGAGGCGUCGGGCGAGGAGCUGCCCCUGCUGCUGGUGCUGGCCAAGGCGGAGCGCAACGCGGCGCUGCGCGCCAAGGCGGAGGCGGCGCUGCGCUCCCUGGCGCGCCUGGCCAAGCUGGGGCCCCGCCAGGCGCUGGCCCUCCACCUGCUCAGCGACGCGCCCAGCACGCCCCUGGCCAAGGACCUGCUCCGCCGCGCCCUGCGCGACGCCCCCUUCAAGUACAAGGUGAUCUUCCAUGAUGUGAACGUUCUGACUGAAAAGCUGCUGCCCAUCGUGGAGGCCAUGCAGAAGCUGUUCAGCGCAGGCACCGGCACCUACUACAGUGACUCCAUCUUUUUCCUCUCGGUUGCCAUGCACAGGGUCAUGCCCAGAGAGAUUUCGCGGAUCAUCCAGGUGGACCUGGACGUGGAGUACAGGACCAAUAUCAGGGAACUGUUUGAAGAAUUUGACAACUUCCCAGAAGGAGCUGUGAUUGGCAUCGCUCAGGAGAUGCAGCCUGUCUACCGGCAUAUCUUUUGGCAGUACCGCCAAGAGCACCCCGGGACCAAAGUGGGGGAGCCCCCUCCAGAUGGACUGCCCGGUUUCAACAGUGGUGUGCUGCUGCUGAACUUGGAUGCCAUGCGCCAGUCCGCGCUCUACAACCGCCUGCUGGAGCCGGAGGCGGUGCGGCACUUGGCGGAGAAGUUCCGUUUCAAGGGUCACCUCGGAGACCAGGACUUUUUCACGCUGGCUGGCAUGGAGCACCCCGAACUGUUCCACAUUCUGGACUGCACCUGGAACCGGCAGCUCUGCUCUUGGUGGCGGGACCACGGCUACAGUGAGGUCUUUGACCACUACUACCAGUGCGACGGCCACGUCAGGAUCUACCAUGGCAACUGCAACACACCGAUCCCAGCAGAGUAGCUGCC